AAACGAUCUGUUGCUUUCCAAAAACCAUCUACAAAACAAAUAUAGCUCGAUAGUAUUUGGAGGUGAUUUCAGACAGAUCCUACCUGUCAUUCCAAAAGGAAGUCGUGCUGAUAUUGUCUUGGCUUCUCUUAAUUCCUCUUAUAUUUGGGAUAGUUGCAAAGUUUUGCAGUUGACUAAGAAUAUGAGGUUAUUAAGAGAGAGUAAUCCGGAACAUGCUCAGGAGAUUGCAGAUUUUUCAAAAUGGAUAUUAGAUAUUGGGGACGGGAUGAUUAAUGAACCAAAUGAUGGAGAAGCUUUAAUCGAGAUUCCAGAAGAUCUCCUAUUGACAGAGUGCAACGAUCCUAUUGAAGUUAUUGUUUCAGAAGUGUAUGGCAAAUCGAUUGCAGAUCCUAAGAAAGCAGAUUUCUUUCAGGAAAGGGCAAUCUUGUGUCCUACAAAUGAUGAUGUGGAUCAGGUCAACCAACAUAUGCUAAAUCGGCUUGAAGGUGAAGAAAGGAUAUAUCUAAGCUCUGACAGCAUAUGUCCAUCUGAUGUGAAUUCAAAAGAUGAUUCUAUCUUCUCUCCUGAAUUCUUGAACAGUAUAAAAGCCUCCGGUUUACCAAACCAUAGUCUAAGAUUGAAGGUAGGUGCUCCAGUCAUGUUACUAAGAAAUAUAGAUCCUUCUGGUGGAUUGUGUAAUGGUACAAGGUUGCAGAUAACUCAACUCGCUAAUCACAUAGUCGAAGCAACAAUAAUCACAGGAACAAGGGUUGGUGAUAAGGUAUUUAUUCCACGUAUGCUUAUUACACCCUCCGAUACUAAACUUCCUUUCAAGAUGAGACGCAGGCAAUUUCCUUUGACUGUUGCGUUUGCAAUGACAAUCAACAAAAGUCAAGGUCAAACGCUUUCAACAGUUGGUCUGUAUUUGCCUAGACCUGUGUUUUCACAUGGUCAGUUCUAUGUAAAUGUCUCAAGAGUUACUUCUAAAAAAGGUCUGAAGAUCUUUAUCACAGACAAAGAAGGAAAACCACAUAAAGAGACUAUGAAUGUUGUGUUUAAAGAAGUUUUCCAGAAUCUACACUAGGCAAUCUGUAGACGUUGAGGAAAAGAUUUGUCAUUCACGCCUAACCAAAGAAGACAAGGGAUGCUACAGAUAACUAUCAUCAGGAGUUUGUUUUUAAUAAGUUUAUUUUGUGGUUUUGAUAACAUAAAGGAAUAAUAACUCAUGUGUUUCCGAAAUGUUAUUUUAU